GAUUUACCAAGUAAUACUAUUUCUGGUAUUGCGUUUAGUUUCUCGCGCAUACCGGUAUGCCCUGCAGUCUCUCGUGGGGUCUUGACGAAUAUCAGGCGACGACGAACAGGGGUCCCUGUCCUUGUCAAGCGAAAAGUGCAAUACAGAGACAAUUGCACGGCACAAGAUACGACUUCGAUCGCACAGUACUCGUAUGUCCUUGUGAGUGGCAAAGGCCUCCCUUCCCACAACCUAGCUAACUACGGUAAAAACAGGAGAUUGGAAAGAGUGUAACGGAGCCAUCCUCCGAUCCUUUUAACUAUCACCACACAUAUCCAUUCUCUACCAGGUCUCCUUCCGCUUUCGUAUCCCCAUGCUAAUGUUGGAAGUCAUGGCUGCUCGGUAUGCUUGCUAUCGUCAUAGUUCUCCGUCGUUGUUAUCCGUUGUCCUUACCCGCAGUCGUUGGAAGGUCGUCACUAGAGGGUCGUCGGUGGGAUGCCGGAGGGUCACCCGCAGCCGUGGGAGCAACGUCAUCGUCAUUGGAAGGUACGAGCGUCAGGCGGAGGCUACGGACAUGGGAAAGGUCGUUGUUAUCCGUUGUCGCUGGAGGGAUAUAUGGAAUUGAGGCCAACCAGACCAAAGUUCGACAGACUUUUUUCCAACCCCUAAUACAAGUACUACUAUAGUGCAAAUAGUUAAUGAUAUUUUCUAAUUUCAGCUUGCCUAGGCUAUACCGGGUCUGGAAAGCAUUAUUCCUUUUCGGGGUGUUUUGUCUGAGGUCAGUGAUGGUUGAUUUAUUGAGUUCACGGCAAGCGAGGUUUAUAUGUAUAUAAAAUCCUUGCACAGCAGAAUGUUGGUGUGGUAGAGUAGUUAAAUGUACUCACCCGGUCACAGUUUAAAUUAGAGAAAACCUUUCAUA